GUUACACGCCACAAAGUGGAAACUAAGUGCACCAGCCAUGGAGCUUGACAAGAAGGAUUUAAUCCGAAUCAAUCGGGAGUUGACCAGUGAGAAGGAUCAGCUGAUGGUGCAGCUGGAAAAUCUCAGGGACAAGCUGAACAUUGCAAAUGUCAACACUCAGAAGGUGGAGGCCCUGAGAGAGAGCGCCCUGGAGCAGAUCUCUCUGCUCCAACAGGAGGUCCAGGUCCAGCAGAACGAGAUUUCCCGAGAGGUGAGGCUGAAAGAGAACCUGGACAAGGAGGUGAAGCACCUCCAGAUGGAACUGGAAGCCAAAAACAGUCAGAUCAAAUCCUUAAAUAUUCAAGCUCACAAGGCCAAGGAUGAGAAGCACAUCACCAUGCAGCACAUGAAAAGCCUCAAGACAUCAAAUGACAAAAUGAACAAGGAGCUGGAGCAGAUGUUGGCGAAAAAUGCAAAGCUGCAGCAACAGUGUGACCAACUGUCCUCAGCAAGGGAAACCCUGACUUUAGAGAAUCAACAGAAGUCAAAGCAUCUGAAGAUGAGAGAAGAAGCUGUGAACCACCUGAACCAAGAGAUGGCCAAACAAAUACGGAUGAGAGAAGGUCUCCAGAAGAGGCUGAAUCUAAUGGAGCAGCAGAAAGCUGAUGGAGACAUGCAGAGGGAGACGCAGAAGAUCCAGAUGACUGGUCUGGAAAAAGAGGUUGAAGCUUGCCAAAAGCAAAGCGAGGCCGACAGGAAAAACAUCGACGAGCUGAUCCGAGAGAAGGAAAUUCUGAAUAAGAACAUCACCAAAGUGAUCCAAGCCACCGAGAAGCAGCAGAGCAUCGUGAAGAUCCUGGAGUUGGACAAAAAGGGUUUGGAGCACGAGAUCAGUUGCUUCCGCCACGAGGUCACCAACCAGCGAAAGGUCAGCCAGCAGCUGGAAAAGGAACGUGACCGCUACAUCAAUGAGAACUGCAACCUGACCCAGAAGGUGCAACAAAAAAUGGACGACCUUGAAGUGAAGGAAACAGAGCUGUAUGACUGGAAGAAGAAGCUGACCGAAGCUGAAAACAAAAUUGUGAAUCUGGAUAACCUGCUGGAGUCUGCCGUUUCCGAAAGGAACCGAUACAGCAAAAAUAUCAUCGAGUGUCAGGCGGAGAUCGCGGAUUUAAAAAGGCGAAUAGGAACUAUGAACAACCAGGUCACCGGGCUGAAAGACCAGCUUUCUGCGAAGGAGCUUGCUCAGGUCAAAGACCAGCAGGAGCACAAACGACUGGAGAAGGACAUUGAGGCUCUUAAGGGAGAAGUGCAGGUGACAAAAUUGCAACUCCUGGAAACAAAACACCGAGUUGAGCGACAAAAAGUUGAACAGCAGAACCUGCAGAAGAUCAUCGCUGAUGGCGACACGGAAUUGUUCCGUCUCAAAAAGCAACUGGAGCAUGUGGUCAGUGAGCGGGACGGCCUGGGGCUGCAGCUGCUGCGGCGGAACGACGAGCGAGCCUUGCUGUACGAGAAGAUCAAAACUCAGCAGUCCCUCAUCAGCACGGGCAGUUUCCACUACAGCCAGCGGGUGGAGGACAUCCGUCUCCUCAAGCGGGAGAUCAGCAAACUCAACCACAAGAAAAACAGCCUGGAGAAGAACCUUCCUAUGAUGGAGUGCAUGAGGAGGGAACUGUUUUCGCUGCAGAAGGAGCUUCGCAAAGAGAAAGCCAUGAAUCGGGACCUGAACAAACAGCUCAUGACUGUGAACGUUCAUAGAUGGAGGCGACUAGAGGUGACUUGUCUUGUCGGGCUGCGGGAGCGAGGACGUGUCUACAUACGCUUUGGGUUAUUUGUGUGGCAGGGGAGUGACCCCGGACGAUUCAAACUCAUCCAGAAGAUUCAGUCGCUCCAGAAGCGACUCAUUGCUAAGACCAGGGAACUGGAGGAACAGUACUUCCUACACGAGGAAAAAGAGAAGCUGUAUGUGGAGCUGAAGCAGAUAUUGGCCCGUCAGCCAGGACCAGAUGCAGCUGAGCAGAUCCAGCUGUGUCACAAGGCAUUAAGGGACAAGAACAAAAAGAUCCAGGCGCUGGCUGCCAAGCUGAGCAUGCAGGACGCGAAGAUGAGCGAGUACAGAAGUGACAUGCAGACGAUGAAUGAGGAGAUGACCACCGUCAAGAAGAAGUACUUCAGUCAGAAAAGGAUUCUGUGCGAGCAGAGGCUCAAGAGCACGGAAGCUGGACCUCCAGCCUCACAGCAGCCGGCUCCUCCCUGAGGAGAGGAUCCACCGGUGACAGUGGGGAAGAGUGAGAGGCUUUUUGUUCUCACUGAGAAUCCUGCGCCGUCUCUGUGAUGAAAAUAGUUUUGUUGCAAGCAGGUAACCAGCAGUUUUUAACAUAUUUUUCUGAUUGCGAUGAACAAGAUCGAACACAUUUAUGAUAUUUAUGAUUUAUGUGGUCGUCAUAUGAAUUGAAUUAAAUAAAAAUAGCAAAAUGAGGAAUAUUUUUAUGAGUAAUUUUUUAUUAAAAAUUUCAUUCAUUCUUUCAGUCUUUGAAAUCCCUUUGAAUAUCUCAUGGUUUGUUUUUUUCCUUUCAUUUUUUUUGCGUUUUUAUUUUUUACAUUUGUGGUUAUUGUUAUUUCAACUUCAUAACAUCUACAAAAGCUCCAUAUUGUCGUGAUCAUUCAUUGUUUUUGGGAAUGUGUGGGUAAUGGGUUGGUUUGUUUAUUUUAUUUUAUUUUUU